AUGGGGGAGGAGGGGGGUCGCUGCACGAGGCGGGGGCGUGUCAGGGGUAGAGGCCCCUGUCAGCUCAUUAGCCUCCUCUCUCCUCAGUCACAAUGUGUGGUUCCCCCGCCCAGCUGCAUCAUGGGAGAACAGGCUGCCCGGUACACCGCAAGGCUCCACUCUGACCCUCCCUCUGCCAUCAGCCCCGUGAGGAAAAGACUGCCCGCUGCCCUGUUUGAUGGUGACAACAUGUACAUGAAUGACAAUAACCACGAGUUCCGGACACCGAACCAGAGUUACUCCAGUCAGGGCAGAGGCGGCGCCGGGGACGAGGACUACGAGAUCCCCCCCAUCACGCCUCCCAACCACGCGGACCCCUCCCUGCUGCACCUGAUGGAGCACGAGCCGGGGUACCCCUUCCACGGGCUGCCUCACAACGGCCUGCUUAACUCCUACUCCUACCCUGAGCUGCCCGCCCUCAUGAUGUCAAACAUGCUGGGCCAGGACUCACACCUGCUCUCCGGACCCAUGCACUCGAUAAGCAGCGAGAAGAGGGGCGCCGCGGACAUGAUGAAGCCCAAGCCCAAACCGCAGAAGAAGAAGAAGAAGAAAGACCCCAACGAGCCGCAGAAGCCCGUGUCGGCCUACGCGCUCUUCUUCAGGGACACGCAGGCUGCCAUCAAAGGACAGAACCCCAACGCCACCUUCGGAGACGUGUCCAAGAUCGUGGCCUCCAUGUGGGACAGCCUGGGCGAGGAGCAGAAGCAGGCCUACAAGAGGAAAACGGAGGCUGCCAAGAAGGAGUACCUAAAAGCACUGGCUGCGUACCGAGCCAGCCUGGUUUCCAAGACCUACAACGACGAACCAAAGAGUGCCCAGCAGAGCAGCCAGUCGCCCCACCUGCUGCAGCCCAAGCAGCCGCUGUACUCGGUGCCCCCCCAGCCCUCCUCUCCAUACCUGGGGCCCCCGGGAUCCUUCCCUCUGUCCGAGCUGCAGAGCUACGGGCCCCGCCACGGCCUGAGCCAGUCCCAGAUGUUGCCCCCCAGCAUGAGUGCCUCUCCCCCUACCUCCUUCCAGAUCAGCCCCCCUCUGCACCCCCACGCCCAGCUCUCCCUGCACCAGAGCUCCCUGCUCAACCAGCCAAUCCGGAUGCAGCAGUCUCAGCCAAUCAUCUCCCACCAGAUGGCGCUGCACUCGCCCCCACUGGGACAGCAGGGCUUCUCCCACCUCCCUCCGGAUUACCAGAACAGUGUGGGGGGAUCACAGUCUCCAGGAGCCCCAGCCCCGGGACAUGGACCAAACCCAGACUGGGACGGAGACUACUGCAACAGGGACUGCGGGCCCAACCACUGCGGCAGCGGCAUGCCUCCUCGGGACAAGCCUCUCUACCUCACUUGA